AUGGCACAUAGAAAGCUACAGAAAGAAGUAGAGGCUAUAUUCAAAAAAAUUAAUGAAGGAAUAGAUUUAUUUGAUUACUAUUAUUCACGACAUGAGAGUUCUAACAAUGAUAGUCAAAGAGAAAAGUUAGAAGGAGAUUUAAAGAAGGAGAUCAAAAAGCUUCAAAAGUUUCGAGAACAAAUCAAGAGUUGGCAAUCAAAUGAGUCUAUGGAGGCUAUAAUUGCGCCAAACAAACUUCAAGAGCAUCGUCGGAUGGUGGAAGAAGCAAUGGAGACAUAUAAGGAGGUGGAGAAGAAUUCAAAGAUGAAAUCAUACUCAAAUCAAUCAAUUAUGUUGGCGGCCAGAGAACAAAAUGAUGACCUCCGAGGUCUCUCUUCAGAAACAAUAGAUGCGAUAGAAUAUCUUGAGUCUUGUGUUGAUUCAUUGAAAGGCCAGAUGUCGGAUCUUGAUGAAGAAUACGAAAGACUAAACGAAAAGAAAUCGAGAAAAACUAACUAUGCCGCCGAAGAAAGGAAACAAGAAAUAGAAGGUUAUAAUCAGAAGAAUAAUUUUCAUCUUUCAAAAGUUUCUUCCAUUAUAAGGCUUUUAAAGGAGAAACGUAUCCAUCCCGAAUUAGUGUGGACUAUUCAAGACGAUUUGAACUUUUAUAUCGAGUCAAAUCAAGAGCCUGACUUCGUGGAUGACGAUACGUUUUACGAUGAUUUGUUUAAAGAAGUAUCUAAUAUUCCUUUAGAUUUCAAGGAAUCUGAAGAUGACAAUGAAGACGAUACGCUAAUUAAUACAACGAUCAACACGACAAAUACUGACACUGCAAACUCGACUGCCAAUAAUAUUAGCGUUCAAACAAAUGUUGCUCCUAACAAUGAACCAGUUGUGAACCAAGUUUCUAGCGUCAUUUCCAAUACAACUCCAGUGAAACUGACAUCUUCUAAUAUGCAAAAGUCUGUCAUAUCGCAAGCAAAAUUUGAUCCAACUUCCGUAGAGUCCAGUCCUGCAAUUAUCAAAACUUUAAAGCCAGCCGUUGCACCUCCAACGCCGGUCGGAAGCAUAAAAUGGUCAGUUGCUGCGGCCGCUGGAUCAUCGUCCUUUAAUAGUGGUUCUGAAUCAAGUCUCAAUGGCGGAGAACAGAAGGCAGAUACACCGGCAAGGGAGAGCCCCGUCAAGGAUGAAAAUUAUGCGAAUGGGCUAGCUAAAAGAAGCUCUUCUUUAAAAAAUUCAAACGGCAUUGCAACUAUGACAGAUGCAAACCACAAGUAUGUUGAGGUAAUGAGAAAUUCACCUUUGUCUAAAACAGAAAUGGAGCUCUUCAGUGACUUGAAUUUAGUUAAAGUGCCUCCAGGAAUCCAGGACUUAAUAAUAUCAUUGGCGUCAACAAGAAACAAGUCAAGCGAUUCCAGGCUAUUAACACAUACCUAUGACAUCUAUUCAACACCUAUUUCAAAACCAUAUUUACCAGAAAUCGUACAAUCGAGAGAUUUAUCACAGCGUUUACCUUUACAACUCUUGAAAUUACAAUCAUAUUGGAAUAAAAUAAGGGCGAGUAAUCAAUUUGAUCAAUUUGUGAAUGAAGUUCUUAUAUUGAGAUCUCAAAAUAACAGUGAAAACUUAGCUAUCGUAAACGAGCUUACAAUGGUUUUAUUUUAUGGGUACUACUAUGGAUUGUCACCUUUAGAAAAUAUUAUAGCCGAAUCUUGCUUAUUCAAGUUGAGCUGGAAACCUUACGCAGCAAAAAACGUCGAGCUCAAAGAUCCUUUGACUAUAAAGAAAGUUCGAGAAAAUGGAGCAUUGCCUGAAGUAAAACAUUAUUACCAUUGGUUUAAUUGCAUAAAAGUGCUUCCAAUGCCGACUCAAAUAGAUAGCAGUACUGAUAGUGCGGCAUACGAAUUUGGUGAUUACAAUGUUUUUGAUUUAACAUUAUGGGAGAUUUACGUUAAGCAUGGAUUCAAAUUUGCCUAUAAUUUAUGUCAGUUGGAGCCCGCAAAAAGCAUUUGA